CCACCCCAAAAUCCAUAGACCUCUCCAAACCCCAAAGCCGCAGCAGCAGGACAAUCAAAACCCUAGAAAAGAACCUUCCAUGGCAGCCACGGCGGGCUCCGAUGUCUCCGACGGCCCGGUCCUCAGCCUCAUCAACAAGCGCAUCCGCGGCCUCCGCAAGAAGCAGAACCGCAUCGUCCAGAUGGAGGAGUCUCUCGCCCAAGGCAAGGCCCUCAACAACGAGCAAAUGGAGGUCCUCCGCUCCAAGUCCGCCGUCUCCGCCGCCAUCGACGAGCUCGAGAAGCUUCGCCAGCCCCUCUCCGCCGCCGUCGCCGAGGAGAUCAGCCUCGCCACUAAGCUCUCCUCCUCCCCCGCUCCCCCCGCCGCCGACACUACUACUACGAUGCCCGAUGUCGUCGAAACGCCUCCCGUUGCGGCGGCGCAGGAGUCCGAUGAGGCGGCGGCGGUGGAGGAGGAGCUUCUGAAGCUGCUCUACUUCGGCUCGUUGUUCGAUGUUAAGACGCAGAGUGACUUCACCUCGAUUAUGUUCACCAGGAGCCACGAGAGAGGUUGCUGCUUGACCUAUGACACCGUCACCGAUGACGACACUGAUAUGCUCGCCGAGAAGGACUUGGAUUUGAUCUCCUCCCUCAGUGGCUUGUUGAUCUCUAGGCCGGUGGCGUCGAGUUUAUCUCACAAGAAUGCUCUGCAGCGCUGCAUUGAGCACGCCAAGCUCUGGCUCGCUAAGUCUGACCAGCCUAUUGAGCCUAACGCUAGUGUCACAUAUGCGAGUUUGAGGGAGAGGCUCAGUAAGAUUAUGGCGUCGGACUACUUUACCAUCACGCCGGAAAUGAAAGCUCCUGAGGAAAUGGCAGCUGCUGCUGGCGGGAACUUUGCUCCGUUUCAGGUGAGGGGUGAGGAUGUGGACAGUUCAUUUGUACAGUUACAGCAGCAGAAGGAUGAGGAGAUUCCAAUUCUUGAAGGGCAUGAGAGUGGUGACAAUCAAACGGGUCCUGUUGAGGAAGUUCAGAAGGAUGAAUAUGAGACGGAAAAUCUUGCAGAGGUUGUCUCGGAUCCACAAGAACAAGUCAAGCCAGAAAUUGAAGUAGAGCAUAAUGAAAGAGAUGUAGAAUUCGAGCAACAAAAUGGUUCAAGGAGGCAGUAUCAAAACCAAAGAGGUGGGCGUGGUGGAGGCCGUAGAGGUUACUCCAAUGGUCGUGGUGGCCGAGGCAGAGGAGGUGGUCCUUAUCAGAAUGGGCGGAACCAGUUCUAUGACCAGCCUGGAAACUAUUAUCCAAGGAAUAACAGUCGGGGAAGGGGCGGUAGAGGUGGUGGACCGGCUUACAACAACCAUGGUUCAGCUGCUCAGGAUGGUCAUGCCUCAGCUAACAUCGGAGUUGCUUCUUAACUGUACUCAUAGUAGUCUUGGUAGGAUGCUUCGUACUAGUUUUACAUGUGGGUGGUGAAAACGUGUUCUGCUCUGCUUUUGUUGGGAAGUGUACGGAUAUGGGUUUGCUGCUGUUGACGGAUUUAUCAUCCAUUGAGCUUUCUCGUUUUCUUGUAGUUCAGCUAAUGGGUUUUGGUCGAAACCAUCGAGGGAUAGAUUUUGCAGUAGUUUUAUUGGACAAUGCUUGGAUGGUGGCACUGAACAUAACUUCUCAGUAUGAUUAAACCUUUUUUUUUUUUUAUCAAAAUGAUUAAACCUA